UUUUAAUCUCCCGCUUUCGAUCGGCGCACUCCAAGAAGUCGGUGGGUUGGAGUUGAUGGUGGCACGGAGUAGUCGUGCUUUUCUCCGAGUGUUCUCCUGUGUUCUCGCCCACUUUCCUUCUCGAGGAGACAAACCAGGAGAAAUCGCAGGGCUGGGUAACUCAAUUGUGUACCGUUUGAACACCGUCGCGGACAGUAUCAUGUCGAAGCCGAAACGCUACUUUGUCAACAACCUCCCGGACUACGAUGGGACACCGAUACCUCUGGAGCGCGAACUAUGGGUCGAGCGCUGCCGUGACACAGUGCAACGUGUGUUUACUCAUCAAGGCACUUCGUUCGAGGACUGUGACGGCGGCCUUUACGUCGGCGUUGCCGGCGUCGCCUACAUGGCCUACAGGAUUGCUCAGAGUCCUCACUUUGUCAACGAAAAAUCCAAGCUGCUAACGAGGGCGCAUAAUUAUAUGAGCCACGCCUUAAGCUACGCCGACCACCCCAGCGUCCGCGGAGACCGCUCCAUUCAAGCGGCAUUUCUGCUCGGCAACGCCGGAGUAUGGGCCCUGGCCGCUGUGAUAUCUAAGGAGCUUGGGAGGCAAAACGAAUGUGACAACUUCAUUGCCAGGUAUGCUGCCGUAGCAGAUUUCUGUAUACCUAUCAAUUUCCUGGAGUGUGGCGGCGAUGAGCUGUUUGUGGGACGCACCGGGUACCUCACCGGUCUUCUUUUCCUCAGGGCCAAGCUCAAUGUGGAGGUACUGAGUAAAGAGAAAACAACAAUGCUUCUCACUGCAGUGGUACACUCAGGCAGAGAAUACUCAAGAAAGCACCGCUCACCAUGCCCAUUGAUGUACGCCUACUAUGAAACAGAAUAUCUUGGCGCAGCUCAUGGUUUGUCUUCCAUAUUGCUCACGCUCCUGCACUUCCCUUGGUUUCUUGCAUCAGACCCCACAAUUGAAAGGGAUGUGAGGAGUUCUAUUGACUUCAUGUUACAUGUGCAAACACCGCGUGGCAAUUUCCCUUGCGAUCUGGAGGAUGUCACCAAGCCACGACGCUCCCAGGAUGAACUGGUACAUUGGUGUCACGGAGCAUCGGGUGUAGUAUACCUGAUGGCAAAGGCAUAUCUUCUGUGGCAAGACCCUCGUUAUUUAGAUUCUGCUCUCCGUUGCGGAGAAGUGGUAUGGGAACGAGGUCUUCUCCGUAAGGGCCCAGGCAUCUGCCAUGGGAUCGCAGGGAGCGGCUACGUCUUCCUCAUCUUGUACCGUCUCACGGGUGACCUCCGCUACCUGCACAGAGCUAGGCAGUUCGCGGAGUACAUGUUCACCGACGAAUUCAAGGAAGCCCGUACUCCGGACUGUCCCUAUAGUCUGUACGAAGGCCUUGCAGGUACAGCCUGUUUUCUCGCCGACCUGUUAGAACCACGCAGUGCAGUGUUCCCCUUCAUGGAAGUCUUUUAAUGGAAAUGGAUUAAUUGAAGUAUUCUCUGGUGCCAUUACUGCGUGAAAUAAACGCCAUCAUUUGCCUGUUCAUAACAUCGUGGCAAGUAAUAAAUGGACAGAAGCUCAAAAGGCAAUUCAGGAAUAGCUCAUCGUUCCAUCAUUGCUAGCAUUUCAGGCAUGUCUCAUGACAGGUGCACUCUGUGCCCCAUGAGGCAUGGCUGCAUGGCAUGUGGUUUUUUUUUGCCACCAUUGUGCCAUGGAGCAAUGAGUAUUACAACAAAACAUGUUAAACUUUCAAUAAUUUUCUUUUGUAUCUUAGCAUUGUCCUACUUUUCCAGUUUACUGCCCGAUGUUUCAGGUUGUACUAAGGAGCAAUGUGGUAUUCGGUUUAGGUCAAUGGCACAAUAGAACAUGCAUAUCCUGGGUAAUUUGUAAUCUUACUCUCUAUGCAUGGCGCAAUGUGACUCUUGAGCCUUAAGAUUUUCUGAAUGCCUCUGGGCACUUGAUUGCAAGUUCCUUGCACUAUUUUUUCAAAGUGAAGUGUUGUCACAUAGCUUAUGUAUUAAUGACAGAGGCUUCAUUAUGACCUAAGAGCGACACAGUAGUCAUGGCAUGUGUGUGCGACCUUCCUGUGUAUUACAUGGUGUUAUAUUUCUUCACUAACAGCGCGUCUGUUUACAUGUGCAUUCAUUUUCAUUUGCAUCCGGUAAAUCUGGUGCUUCAAUGAAAGCAUUUGAUGUGCAAGGGCUCCAUGUAAAGCCUAAACCCUGCCCAUUGCUGAUCCUGAGAACCACGGUUACUCCAAAAUUAACUGUAUGUGUACUAACAAUACAACUCAGAAACUUGCUCACUUCAGUAUAUAUGUGCUUUUUCAUUAGAAGACUGAUUUCCAGCUCUAAAAACAGUCCAAAUGGGUAAACACAGGGAGAGAGAAAAAAAAAAGACAGAACACUGUGGGAACACACAAAGGUGAGACACAUUUUAGACUUAGAUAAGCCAGUUAUUGGGGUUGUACACAAACAGUUGGAAUCAAAAUGACAAAUGGAGCUAUGAAUAGAUACGCCGCCUGAAUGUUUCACCCCUUUGGUCCAUAGAUAGACUCGUCAAACUAUUGUUUCUGCAUUUCUGGAUUUUAAUGCAUUCAGCGUAUGAACUAAUUAGGCAAAGAGACAUUAAUGCUCAAAUGAAGGCACAUUCAUGUGUGUGUGCUUGUCGUAGCAUGAGCCAAUCAGGCAUUAAUUAGUCCUUGGUCACACAAAAUCUACUUUCAAAUGUAUAGCCGUGUACAAUAAUAAUUCUCAUUUCAUCAUAUUACAUUCAUUUCAUUAUAUUAUCUGAAGCACCCCAUAUGGAGUCUUACAUAAGAGAGGUACAUAGCAAAGAAAGAACUGAAAUCCUUUCUUUUUUCUUCGUACAGAAGCACAUGUCCAUAUUGCACACUUAUUUAUAUACAGUUCAAAGUAAAAGAUUGUACAUUCAUACAAAUAAACAAGAACACAUACCAUGCAUGAAUACCUCAUCUAAACUUCAGCUUGGUUUAUCCUGAUCGUAACUGUGUGAUGCGUCCCAUAUUUCCUAUGAAAAGCAUCGAAAUCACUUCUAUCCACUAUAUCUUGGGGAAGAUCAUUCGCAUCCAAAAUUGUGGUUCCUGAUGGGGGAAAAUGAAAGUGGAUAGUGGAAGCCCUGUGUUGAAUCUGUAAAGCAGGUCUAGUUUGAUAAGAUGUCCUAUUUACACUUACAUAGGGGGCAGUGCUGAGGACUGUGGUAUAACUUGAUGAAAUAAUUUAAAGAAAAGGCCUAUGUAUUUGUAAGUGUGGUGAGUCCAGUCUGGUUUUUAGUUCAGUCACACUAAUUUUCAUAAAAUAGUCAAACGUCUCUGUAGUAAACGUCUCUGCUCUGUUCUGAAUAAUUUGUAGUAGUUGGUUAAUGAGAUAGCUCAGAUCCCAAAUCAAGGAUGCAUAUUCUGGGUGAGUGCAGAUAAUUCUGUCUUCUGUUCUGUAAUAACAGCCUGUUAUGUCUCCUCAUACAACUCUAGCAAAACUGCUACGUUUAAAGCAGUAAUGCUGUCACAUGAGGUGCUACCCAAAAUUUGCUAAAUUUGUGGUUUCCAUUGAGGUGAUUGUUGUUUGGUUUCUAGGUCGUACCCAUAAACUUUACAUGAAGAAUGUUGACAUUCUUUUUUUACGUGAACCCUGACAAUAUUUGCAUUCGAGAAGCUUGUUGUGGCAUGCAUAGAACUCGUCAUCCUCAAUGUUCUGCCAUUUUAAAAUCUCUUAGGCCACUUGUAGGUUUGAGUCGGUCGUACACCCAGCUCCAUCACAUAAGGCUUGUUUCUGCAUUUGCCGUGUGCCUGGCAUUGAGCUGGAACUUAACACGAUGUGAAGCAAAAUUUAACACACACCCCUCGUGCCUUCAGAUCUGUCAUCAGCAAUCACAAAACACCAAGUAUCCCGACUCGCAAAAGCACCUAGUAGCACGGUUCUGUAUUGCACUCCUUUCCUGUGGAACAUUUGAACGUUGAGAAUUUUUGGGUAGCACCACAUGUAAAGGACACGUCACACCUGUUAUUACCAUUUGUGCUCUACACUUUGCUCUUCCGCGGUAGAAUCCUACCAGUGUAGCACUUGUGCACAAUGGGGCACAUUGUACUUAAAGUACAACACUCCAAAGCAAGCUGUUGUUCAGCAGUAUUCUCUGAAGUAGCUGAAGUUAAUUGUAGUUUAUCUGAAUGCAGCAAGUACUGACUUGCCGUCUACCUCAGUAACCAAUACGGAACACAGUGUAACAGGCAAAAUAAGCGAGACAACUAAUGCUGUGUAGGCAAACUUAAAGUGAAACUGUAUCAAUUGCACCAAUAUGUCUGUUAUAAGUGCGUCUUAUAACAGGGUCUGCAAUGGCACUGUUGAAGAGAGAGUAGCCUUGCCCAGUUAUGUAAAAUGCCUGCUUGCUUUGUUACAUGAAUGACAGAGACAUGUAAAAAGUGUAACAGCAAGUGAUAUUUUAAGUAACCUUUUCAAAGUGUAUGAGCUAAAACUGGCCCACAUAUUUUACGCUUACCAUUCAUGACCUGUGUGAAGCAAACCAUACCUUCCAAUUUGGAUCUCUUAUAUUACGUGCACACCCCUGUUUUUGUAGCAGCAAGAGAAGAUGUGAUUUUAUAUUGCACAUUCAUUCUUUUUAUUGUUCACAAGAUAUGGAUCCAUGACUCUAUUGGUACGAACAUUUUGAGAAGGCCUCUUUGUGUCAUAUUACUUCGACAACUUUUGUUCACACGUAGUUCCUACGAGGUCUACACUUCAGCGACACUAGGUUACGUCUCUUACACUGUCAAAGCAUGUAUCGUAGAUAUUUAUUGUGCUUAAAGGUGUCCUGACACUUUGCUCCAAGAUGUGCCGGAUAAACGUAAUAGGCAGUUAUUUGCUUCAAUACAAACCUGCGUCCUAAGCUUUACAGCAAACACAUAGAAGAUCAUCACCGUGAAUACUAAAACUCAUCCGGCUCUGACAUGACGGCUGGCAUCCCCACCAGAGAGGCAGCUGUGGUAGAAGUAACAUGCUUAUGAGGACCAAUAGGAAUGACCGAGAGAAAUAGUUAUUUUUCCUCUGUGCUCUGGCACCGAGUACAAUGUGUGCAUCACAGGAUGGAACACGUUUAUCAAAGUGUCACCGCCAUUUAGUGGCUGCGGGGCAUUGAAAAGAAGAAAAGGCACGUUUCCUGCCACGGUAUGCUCAUCAAAUGCUCACCGCAAUUAGCUGUUCCCCAUGUGAAAAACAUACUCUCUUUCACGCCUGUCUACAGUAUGUGUUAUUAAGUUACAACAGGUGUCGUUGCUUCAUAGUUUUUGUGUAUAACUACAGUUGUGUGAACAUCGUAGAUUCUAGCCUUGGAAAUAGUGCUCAAAUCAUGUUGGUAACUGUUGCAGUAUGUGGCAAUGCACAACCAAAAUGUCAUCCACCUCCACCAAUGAAUGUCUGCCUUCACAUUAAAAUACACAAAGAACAUUAUUGUUGAGGAGGACCAGAUGCGGAUACGUGUUUUCGCACUUGUCCACCGGUACAGGAAGCGAGCGGUAUUAAUAAUGCAUUUGCAUCCCAUUCGUGAAGAUCGCUUAUGUUCGGAUACUUAAAGGGACGGUUGCAUCCGGAAACCCAUUUAUGAAACCAGUACCAGUAUGUUCGGCAUCGCCGAGAAUCUACCCGGAUAAUUUUUGGCAUCCAAAAAGUGCUUAGAUAGUCAAUAAACGAAAGUUAAAAUUCAUGGCGGCUUCCGCGGCCGCAGAAGCUUCGGCGGCGUGACGUCACUCCGUAAGCCGAGGUGUGAGAGCGCAGCUCUCUGAGGGGGGAAGGUGUAAAGUCACCCGAUUGGGAAAAGUACAGCCAUCCUCUGAUCUUUGCUGCCACGACAUUGGAGCAACAAUGGCGGCCGUAGCAUAAUAGCGGUAAUUCCGGCACACACUCAACAUCCGACGUCUGCUCUUGUCAUGUGCGUACUCCGACGAAUGACAGUCGAAUUACGCUACUAUUUCGCGUGGGAUUUUCAAAUAACGUGGUCAGUGGUCCGGGAGGAAUUAAAUGACACGACAGUUUCGAAAUCGACUGGAACGGACGCGACCGCCCCUUUCGCCGAGAUUUGAUGUAGUACGUGUACGUUUUUGCUCGUGACAUUUGAUUCUCGUGUCACACAUUUCUACGUGCUGUGGCCACACCCCUCAGUGAAAUGUGAUUCCUCUGUGUCAGGUGACCACUUUUUGCUCACGUGCAAUGUGCCCUUGUCAUAUUAUGGUUGUGAUACAUUGAGAGAUCAUUGUGCCUCUUUGCAGUGAUAGUGCUAUGUGUCUGAAUGGUUCGGAUAGGUGUACAGGGCCCAUUCUCCUUGCCUUUACUGCAGCGUGAACCCAUGGCUGUCAAAGUACACUUUGCCUCAGUCAUUAAGGAUGCUUCCACACAUCCCUGCUCCUAUUUUGAAGGUAGUUAAAGUUGUUACGGUUUGAUGCCCUAGAUGCCCACUCCUGACUAGGAAAAGUACUAGACUUUUACUUUUAUUACCUUCAGGUGGUACGUAGUUCUAUUCUGUGAGAAACUUCAUCUCAUGAAGUGUAUCUAGGUCGAUUUCCAUAUGAUCUGUGUACAUAGUGUAAAUCUGCAUAAAAUCUAUAGAAAAAGAGAGUUCCAGAAUGACCCGAAAAUGAUAGACACACAUUGGGUUCUGUUACGGAAUUACUGGCACCUGUUUUACAGACCUGUUAAAAUAUUUGUGCUUUCGGGUGUGGAGGAGCGAAAUGAUGUUAACAAAGUAAUAUCACUCAACAUUGGACUUUGGGAGGUCUUUGCGCGUAGAAAUCAACAAAAUCCAACAUUAUGGAUUACAUUUUAACACCAAUAUCCAUCGCAUAUAUUGAUGCAUAUCACUGUGAGCAAUACUCAACAUCUUUCUGUUUGCACCUUGGUAUGUCUCAUAUGGUCCUUUACUAAUAGUGCUAUUAUGUUAACAACUUGAUUGGAAGGCACUCCAAACUUCAUAGCAAUCUUACAAAGUUGUCUGUUUACAUAUUCAUAAGGAACCGUCCCAAAAUGCUGGUAGUUCUCAUUCGGCUAGAGUAUUUUACAUUGCUAGCAGGUUUGCAGUGGCAGCUAGGACACUUUGUUCCUACCAAGGAACAAUGCUCCAUGAAGUUGUGAUAUUUGGGAAGCUGAGCUGUGUUCAUAUAGGUUCGCACUGUUAAAUGUAGAAUUUAGGGUUUGUCUUUUUCAAAUUAACCCUCGUUCAACCGGAUGUUUACCAUGUGGACCAACUUUGGUUAGGUCCAAGUUAAACCCAGAGUCGCCCCGUAUCAUCUUCUGACCUUACUUAUGGAAUGUCCUAUGUAAGUAAAUAGGCGUGCAACUUUUAAAUUUUCUUGCACAGCAGGUGCACAGCUACUGGGUUCAUGAAACACGCACCGUUUGUGAGCUCCUGAAUUUAUGUUAACCAAACAAGACACAACAAUUUUCCUGAUUGUGUAUACACACUGUACUGUUCAUGAGCUUGGCUAAUUACCAGGCACUGUGCACCUCCUCCACCCAUCACCAGUGCUGUCCUGACUAAACUUUGAGAUAUUAGAUAGAUCUAUCGAAGGCUUGUUGAAGCUAAUGUGUUUCUAGUCCCAAACACUUUACAUUUUCGAAACUAACAAUAUGUAUGCAAGUCAUUGAAAACUGCAUACUUAAUAUUUUUAUCAUUAUACGAAAGAGUAGCCUACUCACUCCGGAACGAUAUCUCGGUUAUACUAGUGGUGUAGCUAGGAAAAUAUUUUGGCACCCCUAAUGCUUCAAAUGCACUUCUUUUGCUUCUGGAGAGCUGAGACAGGAAGUCGGAACAAACAGCACAAGAUUAUUCCUCAAAAUCAUGGAUAUUCUGCCCAUAUUGGUAUGUCGUAAUAGCUGCUGCACCAGCUGCUGUAAUAGCUAAAAUUAUGACAGUGACACGCAGAGCGGCAUCAUAAUUCCUUAUUAGUAUUUACCACCAUGCAGUGCUUAGAAAGAAGGCACAAUUUACAGUAUGAACAAAGAGGUGUCCUGUUAUCUAAAUUAGAAGAUGUGAAAUUUCUUCGCUGUCACUUUCUAUGCGUUUCUCUUGCUGAUAAGGUGGAAUGUUUUGUUCUGACAGUUGAGAAAGUGCUUGUCAAGCGAGUUUUAUAAUUCCAAAGAGCAGCAGUGACCAUAGUGGCAUGAAAUCUUGCUUGUUAAUAAUACACUUACAAUAAAAUAACAGGUAUUAUAACUUCUUUUUACAGUUGGAAACGAAAAAUACCCUGCAAUAUAAUCUGAGCUCUCCGUAGUUCACUGUAUAGAUCCGAAAAAUUAUACAGGCGGCCAGCCAAAACUUAUCAAUUCAAAAAGCAGUUGCACACUGGAUGUCACAGCGUUGUUUAUGUCGGUUCUUGUCUGAGCUUGAAAAAGUUUCAUGUGAUGCCGAAGCAGAGUUUGUUGACACUUCCAAGGUUUAGCGCAAAGAAAUAUUAGUGAAGGCUGUCAUGCACUUCCUGCAUGACAUUGUGUGAAGUGCCCAAAAUGUGAGUGGUCGGAGCAUUUAACGAAUGUAUUUUAUCGUGUCCAGGUGUUGUGAUAUUCGCUAGUAUCUUACUGCCUGUAUGUAGCAAGUUUCAAGUGUAAAUAAAGAACGUGAUUUCA